AUGACUACCAGCUAUUGGCUGUACCUGGAGUAUUUGCCCGUGCCCCCCACAUCUACCCAAGCCCAGGCAGCGUCGCACUCCAGGGCUCAGAGGGAGCUAAGGAACCGUUUAGUAGCGGCGCUCAACCCGGAUGAGAGGCGGCGACUACUUGAAUUCGAAGACGCGCAGUACACGGCUCAGAGACGCCAGCUUCUCGAAGCAUUCGAGGAGGUGUCUUGGCUGGGUGAACGCCAGAAUUUCGAGCAAGGUUUGUUCGCUGCCCAGCCAGAGCUGCUUGACAUCAAGGACCCAUUGCAAUGGGAGUUUUUGGGAGAUGAGCAGCCCAGUUCUGCUCUUCCCAUCAUGAAAACAUGGAAGAGAGUUUUCCGUGGCGCCCUCACGGCUGCCGCCUUCCUUUCCCCUCUCGUCCUACUCAUCAACAAGGCACGUUGUGCCGCAAGGGGUUGA